ACAACCUCCCAAGACUCACAUGCACACCUAACACUUAACAAAAAAUCCUACCUUUCAUUUCAUCUUCAUUUUAGCAUUGCUUACUAUUUUUGUACAUCUUUCUGCCCAAAACAUGUCACCCUUAGAAAUAAUCUCUUACACUAUUGCCAUUGCCAUUGCCAUUGCCAUCAUCACCUACUACCUCAUUACCACCAUCAUCUUUCGACACCCCCGGCCGCUUCCGCCGGGGCCAAAGCCAUGGCCAAUAGUCGGAAACCUCCCACACAUGGGCCCAGUCCCACACCAGGGACUGGCAGCCCUGGCUCAAAAGUAUGGGCCACUCCUCUACAUGAGACUAGGCUACGUCCAUGUAGUGGUGGCGGCGUCGGCUUCGGUGGCGGCGCAGUUUUUAAAAACUCAUGAUGCAAAUUUCUCAAGUAGGCCUCCAAAUUCAGGGGCAAAGCAUAUAGCAUAUAACUACCAAGACAUGGUGUUUGCACCUUAUGGUCAAAGAUGGAGGCUUCUUAGGAAGAUUUCUUCACUUCAUUUGUUCUCUACUAAGGCCAUGGAAGACUACAAACCAAUUCGACAGGAGGAAGUGGGCAUACUAACAAAGGCACUAGUAAAGGCAGAAUCAAAAGAAGCAGUUCAACUAGGACAACUUUUGAAUGUGUGCACCACCAAUGCUCUCUCAAGGGUGAUGCUAGGAAAGAGAGUGUUCGGCGACGGCACCGGCGAAAGUGAUAAAAAAUCAGAGGAAUUCAAGGAUAUGGUAAUGGAACUCAUGGUUCUCGCCGGAGAAUUUAACAUCGGCGACUUUGUUCCGGCGUUGGAAUGGUUAGACUUACAAGGGAUUGCUACUAAGAUGAAAAAACUUCAUAAGAGGUUUGACAAUUUUCUUGGUGCCAUUUUGGAAGAACACAAGGCUAAAUUUAAGGGUGGUAAUUUUGGUGGGGAUUUCCUUAGCACUUUGAUCUCUUUAAAAGAUAAUUGUGAUGGUGAGGGUGGCAAGUUGACUGACAUUGAAAUCAAGGCCUUACUCUUGAAUAUGUUCACAGCAGGGACUGACACGUCAUCAAGUACAACAGAAUGGGCCAUAGCAGAACUAAUCCGCCAUCCCAAAAUCUUGGCCCAUGUUCAACAAGAGCUAGACUCAAUCGUGGGUCAAGACCGACUUGUUAACGAAUCCGACCUACCGAACUUACCUUACUUCCAAGCCGUGAUGAAAGAGGUAUUCCGGCUCCACCCAUCGACACCACUCUCCCUCCCUCGAGUCUCGGCCGAGCCAUGUGAAAUCAAUGGUUACUACAUUCCUAAAAACACUACUCUCUUGGUCAAUGUAUGGGCCAUAGCGCGUGAUCCAAAUGUUUGGGCCGACCCACUAGAGUUCAGGCCUGAAAGGUUCUUAAAAGGCGGGGAGAGGCCCAACGCAGAUGUUAAGGGUAAUGAUUUUGAGGUGAUCCCGUUUGGGGCCGGGCGGAGGAUAUGCGCCGGGAUGAGCUUAGGGCUUCGUAUGGUCCAAUUAUUGACAGCCGCUUUGGUCCAUGGUUUUGACUGGAAGUUAGCCCAUGGGCUUGCACAAGAAAAGCUGAACAUGGAAGAGGCUUAUGGGCUGACGUUGCAACGUAAGGUUCCCUUGAUGGUCUACCCGCUACCUCGGCUGCCAGCCAAAGCCUAUACCACAACUUACUAAAGUGGUGCGUCCGUUAUUAAAAUUUGUUGCUUACACGAGACAAGGGACGAAAUGACGCCUACCAAUAGUACCAGUCCAUGCUGAGCUUGGUUGUAACACGACUUAUACGAGUAUUAGAUUUAUGCAUGUGUGUGCUCCUUGUAAUUUCUGUAAAAUACCAAGGUGAAUGAGGUAAAAUGCUUUGCUUACUUGAUAA